AGUCUCCUCCUUAGGAAUCAUUCUCAUUUUUCUCAGUCUACGCAAUCUCUAAAAGAGAAAGGCAGGUUCUCUUCGGGAACCUCUUUAAAUGAAUUCAGACCAGGAACACCUCUGAUUUAGGAAGAAGCAUUUGAUGGUGGGGAGGUGGUUACCAAGUAGCAGCAGGAUUAUUUCCAUUUCAAGUUAUGUAUGUAGCACUUAAUGCUGACACUUUGGAAAAAAAUCAAGGCUUUUAUGCCCAGCCUUCAUCUGAAGAAGUCUGUGUCCCGACCUUGUUAAUAUUUCCAUUUGCAACCACGUCACAGUAUUCCUUUCAACACUGGAACUUGUGUGGCAUCCCUGUUGCCAUAUCUGGGCCAAUGUUUUGAUUCUGUUUGCUGUUUUGCAGCCACAGCAUUCGUUCUUCCAGCGUUAUCUCUCCACCCACACUUGCUUAAGCAUCCUAUUUUCAAAGGUGGGAAAGAGCUUUCUGUUUGGAGUUGUCAUUGUGUGGGUGUCUGUGGACGGAGCCCAGUGACAACCAUUCAGACUGUGUGUUGGCUUCUCACUUCUCAGUGGGAAGUGGGAAUUUAUGGAGGCCCCUUAGACCCUAACAGCCGAGAUCACAGCCUGGUUCUGUGGCCUGCCUGGGUUUCAGUCCAGGGCUGCUUUCCACAGCUCAUGCUGCGUCCCAGUUGCUGUGGGAAUCUAACCAAAUUUUUUUGACUCUAGUAAACAUCAUUGUUUUCACAGCCAGAACAUCCCCUGAAGAUGGCAGAGGAGAGCAGCUGUACCAGGGACUGCACGUCCUUCAGUGUGCUCAACUGGGAUCAGGUUAGCCGGCUGCACGAGGUCCUGACCGAGGUCGUACCUAUCCACGGACGAGGCAACUUUCCAACCUUGGACAUGACUCUGAAGGACAUCGUCCAGACCGUCCGCAGUCAGCUGGAGGAGGCAGGCAUCAAAGUGCAGGACGUCCGGCUGAAUGGCUCUGCAGCUGGCCACGUUUUGGUCAAAGACAAUGGCUUGGGCUGCAAAGACCUGGACCUCAUCUUCCAUGUGGCCCUUCCAACAGAGGCAGAAUUUCAGCUGGUUAGAGAUGUGGUUCUGUGUUCCCUUCUGAACUUCCUGCCAGAGGGUGUGAACAAGCUUAAAAUCAGUCCAGUCACUCUGAAGGAGGCAUACGUGCAGAAGCUAGUGAAGGUUUGCACGGACACUGACCGUUGGAGCCUGAUCUCCCUCUCCAACAAGAACGGGAAGAACGUGGAGCUGAAGUUUGUUGACUCCAUUCGGCGUCAGUUUGAGUUCAGUGUGGACUCUUUCCAAAUCAUCCUGGAUUCUUUGCUUUUCUUCUAUGACUGUUCCAGUAACCCCAUCUCUGAGCACUUCCACCCCACCGUGAUUGGGGAGAGCAUGUACGGGGACUUUGAGGAAGCUUUUGACCAUCUGCAGAACAGACUGAUCGCCACCAAGAACCCAGAAGAAAUCAGAGGCGGGGGACUUCUCAAGUACAGCAACCUUCUUGUGCGGGACUUCAGGCCCACAGACCAGGAAGAAAUCAAAACUCUAGAGCGCUACAUGUGCUCCAGAUUCUUCAUCGACUUCCCGGACAUCCUUGAACAGCAAAGGAAGUUGGAGACCUACCUUCAGAACCACUUUGCCGAAGAAGAGAGAAGCAAGUAUGACUACCUCAUGAUCCUCCGCAGGGUGGUGAAUGAGAGCACCGUGUGUCUCAUGGGGCAUGAGCGUAGGCAGACCCUGAACCUCAUCUCCCUCCUGGCCUUGCGUGUGCUGGCGGAACAAAACAUCAUCCCCAGUGCCACCAACGUCACCUGUUACUACCAGCCAGCUCCUUACGUCAGUGACGGCAACUUCAGCAGCUACUACGUUGCCCAUCCUCCAGUUACCUACAGCCAACCGUACCCUACCUGGCUGCCCUGUAACUAACCUUGAGACCUGAGGGUUUCCACAAUGGGAACCCCAGUAGGGCCAGGGCUCUCAGGUAGGGGAUUCUCCUUCUAGAUGUAGGUGUUUGGCUUUUAAAGGGGAACUCAGCUCUGAUUCUGCUUUUUUGUGUGUGUACCCAUUGGAAUGGGUCUACAGUGUAUCAUGAGCCAACCCUAAAAGGACCCAUAUUACAGUGCCACGUUGGAAAAUGCUGUAGGAAGCAUGACCUAUCCACAUCUUUCCAAGAUAGACACUAACAUGUCACGUCCCAAACAUUAGCAUGUGGGGAUUGAGCUCUGUGCAAUAACUGAGAUUGGGAGAGUCUGGGCAACGCAAGAGAAGUGCUAAGCUACGUGGCUUCUCUCUCGAGCCCCGAAUGAAUAGGCUGUGUUGGCCCUCACUUGGGAUUCUCAGCAGUUAUGUGAAAGUUGUGCUGAUAACCUCUUCUCUUGUAUCAAUUUUAGUCAGGCAGAAAAUGGUAAACACGAGGGUGCUCUUGUGACUUAAUUUUUGUUCAAGGGACUGAAUUGCUUAUGUUUAUUCCCUGUCAGCGGAGCUGAGAAUGUCAUUCAUCAAUAAACCAAAGCCAAUAGCUGGAGAGUUCAGACCUGGUUGAAAGUGGUUUAUGGUUUACAUGCCAUACUAUCCUGAGGAAUUGCGAGAUAUUGCUGAGGGGGAAAAAAAAUGACCUUUUCUUGAAAUGUAACUUGAAAACAAAAUAAAAUGUGGAACAUAAUAUUUAAGUAGAAUUGUGGUGGUGGUAGUGGGAGGGGCUGAUUGUAAGUAGGAAACAUGAAUGUUCAGUUUUUUUUCUUUAAGAAAUUCUUAUUAAAUGGCUCUCCACCUUUUUUUUUUUUUUUUUUUCUUUUUUCCUCAUCAGCUCUUUCAUGGCUGACUUUGGUUUUAUUCUUUCUAAGACUAAGGAUUGCGCUGAGUCCAGAGUCAUUGUGGUAACUGACAUGAGGGUCUUCCCAUGUUUUAAUUGGAAACCCAUUUUGGUCACAUUCCAAGUAUGACAAAGCUGUUCUUCUGGAGUACUUUGGCUGUUUUUUGUUUGUGUUCUUCUUGUUUUUUCAAAAAUAGUGACUUCCUUCUCUAGGUGUGUUUGACAGCAACUCAAUUCAGGAAUUUCAGUAGAACUGAGUGACCUGUGGAACUGCUUUAGAACCUAACCUGCUGUCUUCUUGCUGUGUGUGAAGGGAAAGGUAGGAGGGUUAGCAUUAAGUCUGGCCUUGUGUGCAUUGGAGCUACCAAGGCACUUUGAAAUCAUUCCAGCAUAUUUGGGAAGAAUUGAGUAAAUGAGAAUGCUCUUCCUUAUUCUGGUAGAUUUGACUCAUUUAUAUUCUGCACUUUAGAAGGAAAACAGUGUUAAUCUCUAGUUGAAAUCGUAGUAAAUGAGAGAGUUCUAGGCUACUGUGGCCUUUUCCAGUAGGUUUAGAUGAGAUUAUGUGUUUUGAAAUGUUUUGUGGGAUCGCUUAGAAAGCAUCACGUUAGGGCAGAGACACUCAAUAUUGCCAGCCAGCUUGGUGUCUAAAAUGAUUCAAUCAAAUUUAUGCUCCUGAUUUUUUUUUUUUUUUCUUCUGUGGCUAUAAAAACCCAAAGCCCAGGGUGAUUGUUUUCUCCUUGCUUUAAGCAAUGAAGUUAACUUAAUGCAAAAGAGCUUAGUAGAAAAUGAGUGGUUUACCUUUUUCUAAAAGUGUAUUUUUCAGGCUGAUUCUGGAAUGUGAUGUCUUGGUCCUCUUAAGCAGACCUGACUGUAACUCAAGGCUUAGCUGGCAUCUAUGUUAUGCUACAUUAGGUGACUAGAGGCCACGCACUGUAAUCGGCUCCUGUUUCCCUGUGAGCCUUCGUUGUAUUUGAAUUCACCGGCUUUGAGUCAAGCCCAGUUCUAACUGAGGGGACCCAGUGUGCUUCAGCGUUAAGAGUGGGGCAAUGAAGAGUGAAUCCCAAUAAAGAGUGAUCCCAACUUUGAAAACUAUCUGGUCAUUCAUGACCUUAAAAAGCUGCCAUUGUGGUCAAAUGGCAUUUGUUUGCACAAAAAUGACAGAUGUGUUGAACCAAAGCUUUGAAACAUGAUGAAGCUGCCAACAUAAGCACUUGCUAACAGCAAUCAGUAUUUCUUUUACUUAGAAGGCUUGGGGACCAGGGUAAUGAGGCACCAGAUGAAGAUAAGAUCUGCAUCAAGUAAUUAAAUUUCCAUUUUGUCCUUAGGGGUUCUCUCUGCUUAUGUUUUUUUCCUAUCUGGUAAUAGUCCUCUUCUGAGGAUGAAAGGAGGCACAGAAGUUGCAAGAAAGACCCAGUCCCUAGUCUUUGCCACCAUUGCACCCUGGCGGUCUUGAAUUCCCUUCACCUGACCUUUUUAGUCAGCUCAGAUCUUUUUGUAGUUUGGGAAAUAGACCUGUGUUCUAGAGCUAUCAGGGUAAAAAGCUGCACUGACCAAAGCUGUAUUUUUAAAACACAACCCCGAGGCUAGAGAUGUCUCUACUUGCUCUGUGAGCCUUUUGCCAGCCUCAGAAUAGGCCAGGCAACCUUGAAUUUCAGGUGCCUGGAAAUUCUAGCUGAAACCUGCCUUUCCUAAUGCUCACCAGGUACCCUGAACUUGUACUGAGUGCAGUGGUUCUCGUGUGUGUGUGUGUGUGUGUGUGUGUGCGCGCGCGCAUGUGUGUGUUGAGUAACAUGAAACUCGGCAGCGGCAGAGGGCACUGAAGUUCACAUGCCAGUUCUAAUCUAAACUUAAGCAUCUCUCAUUUGCUUCAGGGCUCUGAUUUCUGACUGUUUUCUGAUGCUUUCGGCAUGUCUGCAGCCUGUUCUUCUAGCCCGCUGCCUGGAGUCAGGUUGAGCAUCAGUGAGAUGAAAACAGCACCUAUUCCCCUCACGUUGGCAGAAAAACACACACUGGAUUCCUGGCUUGGAGCUCUAGUGUCCUUUUUAAGUCUUACCUUGCCCAUCACAGGGUGUUUCCUCAUUCAGCAAUUUCAAUGCUGGAACCUGAACUCUAUUACCAACGCCUUCUGAUCGGAGUUCCUGAUGGGAUGCCUAUGGGAUGUGGCAUGGCCCACACCUGGGGGACCUGGCAGAUGGGCUGAGUUGGGUAGGGAAGAUGAUGCUUAGUUAAUGACAGAUGGUACAGAUGUAGUCUGGCAUUUCAGUUUGCUUUUUCCAGUUUGAUUUUCAUUGGGGUUUGAGUCACAGCAAGCUGUGUAAGAACUUGUGUCUUGUGGUGACACAUUAAUCAAUUGUGAAAGCCCUGAAUCUGCUGAUUCUUCAGCUUCACCUCUGCACUAACCCCUUUAUGGUACAUUAGGAUUUUAACUAGUACUGCAUUGUUGACUUUGGGAAAGGGUGCCACUCAAAAGCAACUUCCUAACUUUAGGAAUAAUUCCUUUGUAGCUUCUUUUCUGGUACUGGUUGGUGCCUUGGAUUAGGAUGCAGCUAUAUUCUUAGAUCAAAUGUUCUAGGGAGCAAAGUAGUUACCCAGUGGUGAGACAAGACCCUGAUGCUUACGGGGGCCAUUCCUUCCUUGGUGUCUGACUGGAGCUCUGUGCCAGGGAAUUCUGUAAGGAUCCAGUUUCCAAGGUUAGAGUGAUAUCCUUAAUCUUGCAGAGACUAGAAUUUCACAGCUGACUUUGGAACAUAUUCCAAUUCAACCAGUUACAAUCAGAGGACCAAGUCAGGGGCGGGGCUGGUGUGUGUUGAGGAGAGGCGUUUUAAAAGAUCUGGCAACUUUUCAGGAUUCUUUGUGGAAACCUCUAAGGUGAAGAUCAGGAAAAGACUGUGUGUCUGUGAGUUCAAGUGCCUAAAUCUUGUUUACCUAUCACUUUUUUAAAAAAUAAUUGAAGUGUAAGCUAAAUAAAAUGCUUGGAGUUUUGCCUGGGCUGGUGAGAGUUGGUGCAAAUUCUCCUGUGUGUUUGCGUAGGCAGGUGAAAUGACCAUCUACUAAAGAGGAAGUAGCUAAAUAAUACAGAUCUGUGGGCGUUUUUUUUUUUUUUUUUUUUUUUUUUAAAUCUAAAUUUAUUUGGUAUUUUAUUUGAAUGGAUAAAAAUCUAAUUUUCCUAAGGCAGCAACUUAUUUCUAAAUAUAGAUGAAAAAUAGAUACCCAUUAGACUAAAUUGAAAGCUUUUUGUUCUACAUUUACAUAGCCUUUGAAAUAUUAAUUUCUUAGCAGUCCCUAGGAGGUCUGGGGUUUCCUCUUUGGUAAUGGUCACUAACCUUACAUGAUGCGGAUGAAAUCACUUGUCAAUGCAAAAUGUGUUAGAACUUGAUAAAAUAAAGCUUUGAGUUUGAGAAAUAAAGGUAUAUUUAAAAUGGAAAUAAAACUUGUGAUUCAUGCUCAUUGA